CUCUUGAGUGACUGUCAAAUAUUUCUGUUUGUCAUCUUUAACACACAAACUUUCGAAGUUAUUGUGAUUUUAAAACCUUUAAAAUGUCUGAAAUGGAAGUAGUGGAAGGCGGGAAUGAUUGUUCCAACGAUUUGUUACUCCUGGAUCGUGUGUUUCUGCGGCUAGGUAAUGCAGAUACUGAUGACCAGCUCGAAAGUUGUCUCAAUAGAUUCCUUCCGCCCGUGAUUUUGAAACUUUCGUCGCCUCAUGAACAGGUCCGCACUAAAGUGAUGGAGUUGUUGGUGCAUGUGAACAAGAGAGUGAAGUGCCGUGCUGAUGUGCAACUGCCUGUGCAGACUCUGUUGCAACUCUACAAGGAACCUAAUUCUAACAGCUUUAUUAUUAAUUUCUCAAUCAUAUACAUUACAAUGGGCUUUCCAAGGCUGCCUCGCGACCAGCAGCUCACUUUAGCUCCAACAUUAUUAGAAGCCAUUGAAAACAAGCCUCAAAGUCAUCAGGAUGGUAUUUUGAUGCUAGUCAUGCCCUUGCUGGGUGAAAUUAAGGAGACGAAUCUGAGCCUAAAAGAAAAGCCAAAAGCAGCCACUUUGUUACUCAAGUUUGCAACUGAUGUUCUGCUUUUGCCAUACAGAGCAUUACCAAACCCCGGCGAGAGCGAUUUCCAAGUGCCGCCCGGUAUGAGCAUGAAGACAUACAAACGCAUUGUUGAUAAGAAUCAGUUAAAUCCCAACCAACUUGAGGAGAUGAAACUUUCUAUCGUCAAUUUUAUCGGGAAAGAUGUGUUCAACAUGAACGACACCCUUCUUACUUUGAUCGUCGCAGCGGCUGACUCUCGCUUCAGUGUCGCUAACUGUGCCAAUAGCCCACUUAUUAGAGUCAACAGCUCCGUAGAUUGGUCUCAGCCCGCUGUAGUAGCGCCGCUCUACUCCCUAUACCUUGGAACUUGGGGAGGCAUGAAAGUGCCCCCAGAUGACCGUAAGGUACCCGCUUGCACAAGACUUCGUCUAAAACUGAUUCAGUAUUUGAACAAAGCAACGGGAUCGGCUAUUAUGUUCCCGCAUUGUGUGCAGGUUGUAUUUUCAUCUCUGUUUGAUCCAAACACGAAUUCCCGUCUUCGCAAUCAAGCAUUAGUAUUUCUUUUGAACGUGAUUAACAGUGGCGACAUUAUUCAAUUGAGAAAAGUAGCGACGGUAUUCCUGCAGGGUUUACUUAAACUUGUGAGAUCUGAUGAGCAUACUGAACAUCAUCCAAAAGCCUACAUGUGUUUAGGUCGCCUGGCAAUGAAAUGCCCUGAAACCAUCAACAACCAAUUUACAUUACUUGAGGAGUUGGUCAAGAAGAUACCGGAAGCCGUGCCUGAAAUGAAGACCGCUCUGAGAGACGCGCUACUCGAGAUGUCUGCCGCCUACAAGAUUAAUGCUGAUGUGAAAUCGGAGUCUUCACAAGUACAAGUGGCAGGAACUUCGCAGGAGAAAAUGGAUGUAGACAGCUCCAACACAAGUCCUUUCGACGAACCUCAGGCACUGGCGCUCUUUGCUUUGUUGGACCAUUACAUGCACAGUGAAGAAUCUAUGAUCCGGUACAUAGCUACGCGGUACUCGGCUGCGGUGUUCCCUCAGGACUACGUGCCGUCCAGAUACCUCUUGUUAUUGGCUAGUGGAGACAGUCAAGACGAAAUUUCGAAUGAAGCUCUCAAGUGUCUCUAUGGGACAUCUCGUUCAAGUGAAAUCGAGGACGUAGUUAACAACGUAUCAAGCAAAGAGGCUUCAGUCGUCAACAUCGACGAGGACACCUCAAAGAGAGGCAUCGACACGCCGCAAGAGGAAGAGUUCAAAGUGCCAAAGUUUAAAGAAGUGGUGAACUACAUAUGGGAUCAAAUGCAGAAGAGGAAGAAGGGGUCGAACGCUAAACAUAGGUUCGUGAUCGGGAAUCAAGUGCUGCAGUUCCAUCCGAUUACGUAUCAAGAGAUCUUACGCUACUUGCGUAUGUGUUUGAACCGCGACGCUGAUCUGAAGGACUGCUCGAACCACCCGAACGCGACGUCGCCGCUCCUCGCCAAGUACUUCUACGACAACCUGCUUGACACUGAAGUGUUGGAGCGGUACCUCAGCAUGAUUACUUCACUGUUGAAUGCAAGCCCAGAAAUGAUGCCACUUACAUGUUUCCUUGACAUCGUCGGUUGCGUACCAGAGAAAAUGGCUUCAAAAUACAUUAGCCUUCUACCAUUCUUGCGCAACCUAUUUACGACCAGUACCAAGGAAGACGUGCGCGAUACAGCUUCUGUCAUCUACGCGAUCAUUACCGUACACACCAGCGAGAAGUCCGCGAUAGAUAAGGAGAUUAAGGAGUUCGUGGUACAAGGGCAGAAUAACAAGAGCUUGGAGUCGCAGUGUGGAUAUUUGUCGGCGUUGUCGACUAUGUGUGAGCGGUGUCUGGUGUUGUCGAAGAGAGGAAAGUUUGGAGGCAAAGGAUUUAAUUCGGCUAAUUGGGAGCCGUAUCAAGAAGCUGCUGUAGUCUUAGCAAACUUCCUAGCGAGCAGUCAAACACUCCUCAUCAGUACAUCGUGUUCCGCCAUAUCUAUUCUGUCUCGCGUCAGCGGCCUGCCUCUGCCAGUUGCGUCGGUAAAACAGGAGGGCCUAUUGAAAUCAGAGAACCCCUUCAACAUUAACAAGAGCGAUACUCACAUACCCGAUAGUGAGGUCACGAAGUUUGCGGUAGCUGACAGAUUGUUUAAAAUCGUUGGCAAUGCAAAAUUACCGUCAAAAUUGAAAGAGAGAGCUCUAUACACACUUGGCUUGUUGUGUUGCGGCGAAAGGCUCUCGUUCGCCAAGCAAAUCGUUAUGGGAUUCUUGCAGAUGGCUAAAGAUAGCAAGGAAUUUGAGAUCCAUUUACAAAUAGGCGAGUCACUGGUACUAUGCGUCGAAGGUGUGAAUUCGAAUGAAAAUAGAGAUCUAUGGACGGAAUUACCACGAGAAGGUGCAGACAAAUUAAAGAAUAAAGAUGCAUUGAAAGAGAAUGAUGAGCUUCUGGAGUGGUUACUGCACGAGCUCUUCAAGAUCGGAAGACACCCACAUCCACACUCGAGACAGGCUACAAGCAUUUGGUUGUUGGCGCUGCUUAAGAAUUGUCCAGAACGGGGACCAAUCAAGAACAAACUACAAGUGCUACAAGACGUCUUCAUGGACUUCCUCUCAGAAAAUAGUGAUAUAGUCCAAGACGUAGCUAGCAAGGGCUUGUCCCUAGUCUACCAGAAUUCCGACGAGAGUCAGAAGCAGGCACUGGUGGGUCAGAUCAUCGAUCAGCUGACCAGCGGCAAGCGGUCCGUAGCUCAGGUCACGGAGGAUACUAAGAUAUUUGAGGAAGGACAGCUGGGAAAGGCUCCUACUGGUGGCAACCUGUCCACAUACAAAGAGCUGUGCUCGCUGGCGUCAGACCUGAACCAGCCGGAUCUGUUGUACAAGUUCAUGCAUCUCGCACAUCACAACUCCGUGUGGAACUCCAAGAAGGGAGCGGCCUUCGGUUUCCACUCCAUCGCGCUACAAGCGGGCGCGCAGCUGGCGGAGCACCUCCCUAAGAUCGUCCCGCGGCUGUACCGCUACCGCUUCGACCCCACGCCGCGCAUACAGAACUCCAUGCAGAGCAUCUGGCACGCCAUAGUGCCGCACACGCAGGCCACUGUACACAAAUACCACAAGCAGAUUCUAGACGACUUAGUGGAAAACAUGACAUCAAACCAAUGGAGGGUGAGAAUGUCCUGCUGUAAUGCGCUGGCUGACUUAUUGCGUGGCGCACAAAGUCUUCACGACUCGGUUCACCAGCUGCCGACCAUAUGGCUGCAGUUGUUCAGAGUUAUGGAUGAUGUGCAUGAAGGUACUCGCCAGGCUGCUACCUCUACUGCCAAUGUCUUAUCUAAGUUGUGCAUACGAGCAGCAGACGUAAGCCAAGGCAAGGAUGGCAAAGAGGUCGUCUCUGUCAUACUACCAGUAUUAUUGGACACCGGUAUUACGAAUCUCGUCAAAGAAGUAAGAAGCGUCAGUUUACAGACAGUAUCCAAGCUAGUGACCGCGGCGGGCGAGACGUUGAAGCCGUUCCUAGCGCGCCUGAUCCCCGCGCUGGCGGGCGCGGCGGGCGAGCUGGAGUCCGCGCGCCUGUCCUACCUGUCCACGGCGCUGGCCGACAGCGCCACGCGAGACAUCCUCGACGACAUGCGCGCCAGCGCCGCCAGGCAUCACUACACUACCGAUACUGUUGUCAAGUGCAUGCCAUACGUCGACAUCGAAGUGAUGAAAGAAAUGCUUCCUAAAAUUCUUGAGCUGAUGAAAUCACCACAGUUGGGUACUAAAGUAGCGUGUUGCCACUUCGUGGUGCUAGCAGCACAUUACUUGCGGGCCGAGCUGGAGCCGGUGGCAGGGAAGAUCAUGUCCAACCUCCUGAAUGGUACCUUCGAUAGGAACGCUACUGUCAGGAAGAAUUAUGCCGAGGCUUUGGGACAGGUCUCCGCUUAUGCCAAAGUACAAUCUGCAGAGAAACUAAUGAAGAAGUUAGUGACGUUGUACGAGACGAAAGAAGAUGACAUGUCGCGGCAAGCCAUCGCUCUCUGUCUCAAGUCCAUAGCCAAGGCCAAGAUAGAGCACAUCAAAGACAACGAGACUCUAUUAGCGCCGAUGGUCUUCUUGGCCAUGCAUGGGCCUAAGGAUGAUGAGUCGACAACAGUGGAAAUGUUUGAAGAAAUAUGGACGGACAUUAGCCCAGCUAGAGAAAGUGGUAUCAAGCAACACUUGACUGUCAUUCGGGAAGAAAUCGAAAAAGCGCUCAACUCCAGCAGCUGGACUAAAAAGAUUCAGGCAGCAAACGCAAUAAAGACUAUAUGCAAGGAGGUGUCAACUGGUCUGGGUGACCAGCGCGAGCAGCUGAUCCGCGCGCUGCUGGCCGCCGUGCACGGGAAGACAUUCGACGGGAAACAACACGUUAUAGAAGCAUUAGCGGAGUUGUGCGCUGUCAAAGAGAACGAAGCACCAGUUUCCCCGGCACUGGUGUCAGAAUGCAUCAACGCGCUCCUAGUAGAGAGUCGCAAACAGGAGAUGGUGUACAAACGACACGCGAUCACAGCGCUGGGGCAAGCCAUCGCCGCGACACACUGCGACAGGUUCCACCAGCUGUACGAGAUCGUCAAGGUUAUAUUGUCUAAGGAUGAGCUAUCAGUGGGCAAAGAAUCUGAUGAGGAAGAUAACGAAGGAGCGAGACAACGGCGCGAACAGUUGACAGCUUUGAAGGAAGCCGCUUACGAACUGCUGGGCAAGGCGUGGCCAAAGGAACCUGACACACAAGAGAAAUACCAAGAUGUAUUCUUCGAGCACUGUUCGAAGUCAUUCCCAACGAGUUCGAGGUCGACACAGCUGGCUAUCCUCACGUCCAUGGCGCGCGUACUGGAGAGACUCUCGAUACUCACCAACACUGGGGAGCCGAUGGAAAUGGAUAACGUGACUGUCUCCAACAGGGAUAAAGCGAUCAGUAUUGUUACAGGACAUGUUGCAACUAUCGUUGACUAUACUCUCAAAAACAGCAAUCAAGUAAGGCACAGGAGGGACGCGCUUAACGUAUUGGAAAUACUUGUCAAACAAUUAAAAGAUCUCAACAAGACUGAGGAGUUAGAUAAGCUCAAAAGUAUAUAUUUGUUGUACGCUCAAGACCUGUCGAAGGAUUCCUCUCACGAAAUAAGAACCAAAGUGGAUUCUAUAAAACUACAUUUUAAAUAGGCAUGUUAUUUAUUGUCGUGACAAACCAGUAAUAAAAUAAUAAUUUACACUUAG